AUGGACACUACCUGUGGGGAUCACCUGACGUUCUCGACUCCGGCCAAGCGAUGGGUCGAGGCGCUUCCCUUGGGCAACGGCUCGAUUGGUGCCAUGGUGUUUGGGGAUCCGUGGGACGAACGCAUCGCACUCAACGAGGCAUCUCUUUGGUCUGGUAGCCCGCGAAACGAGCAAGAAGGUGCGGUACCAUCCUAUAUCGCCCGUCCCGCUAUUGCAGAGGCGAGGAAGGCCGUUCUGGAGCGCCGGUUCGACGACGCAACAGCUGCAGUACAGCAAGUCCAGUCCCGGUAUUCGCAGACCUAUGCACCCCUUGGCGAUUUGCGACUCUGCAUUCGUCCUGCUGGUGAAGUCAGUCAUGGGGAGGUAUCCGGUUACUCGCGGUCCCUCGACAUCGAGCGAGGUAUUCACACUAUCAAUUACACCAUCGAAGGCGAGCAGGUCAAGUGGGCUACAUGCGCGUCGUACCCAGACGGUGUUCUCCAGCUGCGUAUCGACUCGACUACUCCUCUCGAUAUUCGGGCGGAAAUGGCCAGCCAGCUGGUAGCAGAACCUUGCGACAUCAAUGCACACACGUCUCAACUGGUCGCGACGUUUCGCGCACCGAGCGACCUCCCUCCGCCGCAUGAACCGCAUGUUCCCAUCACAUGGUCGGAUAUGCCUGGCGAUGCGAUGAGGGUAGCCGUCGUUGUAGGCAUCACCCAUGAUGGCGUUGAGGAAACACCAGCCGACUCCGGCAAAUCGAAUCUUGUCGUCAGGGGCGUCCACCACCUCACUCUGGUACUGGCCACCACCACCACCUUUGUGGACCCGAAGACCCUUCCUGGGGCAGAUGUAAUGCCUGCAGUUAAUGCUGCCCAAGCUCUCGUUGACUCUGCUCUUGCGCGCGGAGCUCAAUCUGUGCUUACUCGUCAUGUCGAGGACCAUACCCGGCUGUACAAUCGUGUGCGCCUCCAGCUCCCCGACACCCCACUUCACGCAACCUUGUUCGACUACGGCCGCUACCUCCUCAUCGCCGGAUCGCGGGGCGGGUUUGCCCCCAUGAACCUCCAAGGGAUCUGGAACGAGGACCUUCGUCCCCCGUGGUCGUCCAACUACACGGUUAAUAUUAACCUCCAAAUGAACUAUUUCGGAGUUUACACGGCGGGGCUGGCGGAAAUGGCCGCACCAUUGCACAACCUGGUCAGCGCAAUCGCUUCGGCUGGACAAGACACCGCACAGCGUCUGUACGGUGCCAGCGGCUGGGUCGCCCAUCACAACUCGGACAUUUGGGCAUACAGCUCGCCCGUCGGCAUGGGGUCGGCAUCACCCCAGUGGGCAUUCUGGCCCAUGGGCGGCGUCUGGCUCGCACUCUCGUUUGCAGAGCAUGUCCGACACGGAUGUGACGACGUACAGCAAUUUGCCCGUGAACAAGCUUUUCCGGUGCUGAGGGGUGCGAUGGCCUUCGCCCUCGACUGGGUGUUUUACGUGGACGGCGUAGCGACCACUGCUCCCUCGACGUCUCCCGAGAAUACCUUCCAGGCCAAUGACGGUACCUACGCAGUUGGGCGUUCCUCUACCAUGGACCUGGCCCUCAUCUCUGAGCUCGGACAUGCCCUCCUCGAGAUUGCCACGGUGGCCGGUACAGAAGAGGACGAGAUUGUCAUUGCAACCAGGGACAAGCUUCUCCCCUCAAUUCCGCGCAUCGUGCCAGGUCGCGAUGGGCUUAUUCCAGAGUGGGCGGACGACGACCCACAGGCCGAGCCACAACACCGCCACAUCUCGCACCUCUUCGGCCUCUACCCAGGCACGACGCUCUGCGAACCUGACCAGCGCGAGGCCGCCAGUGCAAGCUUGGACGACCGGGGUGAUGACUCGACAGGGUGGUCCAUCAUCUGGAAGCUCGCUGCCCGCGCCCGUCUGCGUGACACUGCUGCUGUGGACCGUCUCCUGAAGCUUGUUUUCCGGCCUGCCGACUGUCCGGACGACGGUGGGCAGAGGUGCGACCAACGUGGCGGCCUGUACCCCAACCUCUUUUCAGCCCAUCCGCCAUUCCAGAUAGAUGGGAACCUUGGCUAUGUGGCUGCCGUUGCCGAAUGCUUGGUUCAAAGCCACGAUGGUGUCAUAACCCUGCUCCCCGCUCUACCCACUUCGUGGCCAGCCGGAUCUGUCACAGGUCUUGUAGCCAGGCCGGGUGUGCGGGUCGACAUAUCGUGGUCUUGUGGUACCCUCGACUACGCCACUCUUGCCCCACUCGCCAACUGCGAGAGGGGUGAGCUAGUCGUUCAGCUGGGUUCGGUCAAGUUGACUGUGGCGCUGAACCGGGGUGCCAAGGUCCGCCUAAGUCACAUAGACUUUGAAUAG